AUGGCACAGCAACAGUACGCAAAGGACCAGCCGCAGGGUUUCAAGAACCAUGUGGAAAACAUUGCCAUUGUCGGAGCAGGAGGUCAAGUGGGCGAAUACAUGGCCCGAGCACUGCUAAAGACAGGCAAGCACCACCUCACAGCCAUCACACGGGCGGACUCGAAGAGCACGGUGCCCGAGGGCAUGGCGGUGAAGAAAGUCAACUACGACGACCCGGCGACGCUGGUGGACGCGCUGCGAGGCCAGGACGUGCUGAUCAUCACGAUGGCGGUGACGGCGCCGCCCGAGACGGAGACGAAGCUGCUCGACGCUGCCGCAGAGGCGGGGGUGCCGUGGGUCCUGCCCAACGAGUACAGCAGCGACCCGCGCAACAAGGCGCUGCAGCACGACAUCAUGAUCGGCGACGCCAAGGACGCCCGGCGGCGGCACAUCGAGGAGCUCGGGGUGAGUUCGUGGAUCAGCUUCACCUGCAGCUUCUGGUACGAGUACUCGCUGUCGGCGUCGCCGGGGUGCUACGGGUUCGACUUCGCCAACAAGACCGUGACGCUGUACGACGACGGCAACACAAAGAUCAACACCACCACGUGGCUGCAGUGCGGGCGCGCCGCCGCCGCGCUGCUCAGCCUGCCGAUCCUGCCCCGGGACCCUUCCGACAAAUCGCCCACGCUGUCCAUGUUCCGCAACAACGUCAUGUACAUCUCGUCGUUCCGGGUCAGCCAGCGCGACAUGCUGGCCUCAAUACUCCGCGUCACAGGUGACAAGGAGGACGACUGGACCGUGCACCACGAGGACGUCCAGGAGCGGUACAAGGCCGGCGUGGACGAGAUGAAAUCGGGUUCCCGCGCGGGUUUCGUCAAGGUGCUGUACGCCCGCGUCUUCUUCCCCAACGGCGACGGAGACUUCGAGUCAAAGUACGGCCUGCACAACGACAUUUUGGGGCUGCCCAGGGAGGACUUUGACGAGGCGACUAAGAGAGGUGUCGAUCUGGCUGCCAAGGGGGGACCGUGGGCAGUGCGCGGAGGUGCGGCGUGA